CAUGGAUAAGCAUGAAUGAGAAAACAACAUACUGUCAGCAUUGUCGACAAGUUAGAAGUAACAACAGGUUUUAGCGAAAAAUAUUUCAAUUAAUGAGGAUGUCGAAACCCAUAGUGUUCGUGACGGGCAACGCGAAGAAGCUAGAGGAAUUCACCGCCAUUUUAGGAAAGAACUUUCCCCGGCAGAUAACGAGCAAGAAGAUCGAUUUGCCCGAGUAUCAGGGCGAGAUAGACGACAUAUGUCGAAACAAAUGUCGAGCCGCGGCGGAUCUAAUCAAGAGUCCGGUAAUUAUUGAGGACACUUGUCUCUGCUUUAAUGCAUUGAAAGGUCUUCCGGGGCCUUAUAUCAAAUGGUUCCUCGAAAAACUCGGCCCCGAGGGUCUUCACAAAAUGCUCGAUGGAUGGGAGGACAAAUCGGCAGAGGCAGUUUGCACGUUCGCCUAUUGUUCCGGCGAAGCUGAUGCCGAGGUCCUUUUAUUUCAAGGUCGAACUCAGGGUACCAUCGUGAGUCCACGGGGUCCCCGAGAUUUUGGCUGGGAUCCUUGCUUUCAACCACAGGGCUAUGAUAUGACUUACGCGGAAUUACCGAAGGAUAGCAAAAAUAAGAUUUCUCAUCGCCGCAAGGCGCUAGAAGUAUUGAGAGAUCAUUUUAUAAACAAUACAAUUUAAUUUAUAUUAUUUCUGUGUAAAAAAAUUACCGUUUCUUUUACGUAUUUUUUAUCAUUUUUGUUUUUAAGUUUCUUUUUUUCCGAAAAUAUAUCUAAUAUCGUGCUUAUUAUAAUUUUUUAAGAGAAUAACAAUUUUUCUGACUAUGUUAUAUCUUUGCAAGUUAUAAUAAACAUCAUUAAAUCAAAAGAAAGGUCAGUCAUCUUGAUUAUAACAUAGAAAAUAAAUCUUACAAGAUGUAAAAAAAUGUGCUUCUAUAAUUAUUGAUAUAUUAAUUAUAAUAAUUAUUAUAAUUAUUAUAAUUAAUAUAUCAUUAAUUAUAGAAGCACAUUUUUUUACAUCUUGUAAGAUUUAUUUUCUUCGUUAUAAUCAAGAUGACUGACCUUUCUUUUGAUUUAACGGCGUUUAUUAUAACUUUUAAUCCUGAGCAGAGUAUAAGUUGUUUUGUCUUUAUUUUAUAACUUGUGCUCUGACCUAUAAUGUUAACGUUCGAUAUCCAUUCAAUUUAUCAAAGGUGAUUUUUUUCCGAAAACAACAUAUGAAUUUCAAUGUCUCAUUACGAUGAUAGUUCGAGUCGCACCGGAAACAUAUGGAACAAUUUGCUGAUGAACUUGAAACUACUAUGGUACCACACGAUUGAAGAUCUGAUAAUUUUAAUUUCCACAAAUCACGCGAUGUGUUUAAUCGACGACUUCCAUCUUGCAAAUCUUACGUGACGCAACAAAUUGAAAUAUAAAGUCAUAAAUAAAUAUAUUGUAAUCGCUCAGUGGAAGAUAUUGUUAAUCAUACGAACCGAUACCUCUCGUACACACAUACUCAUAAUUAGAACUGUAAAUCGUGUGUAUAUGAAUAACUCGAAUCAUUGUCGCCGUUUAUAUUUUUUAUUUAAACAACAUGAUUACGAUUACCAUUUAUACGUAUGUAAAUAAUUUAGAAUUAAAUGCAUGAAGAGUUAAAAAAAGUAAUCUUUUAUGAAAAAGGUAGAUUGGAGAAAUGUAACAUAUAAUAUCGCUUUCUUAAAACAUCAAUCUUAAUAAUUUUUAUGACAUGUAUAUAUUUCAAAUUGCUGGCAGUACGCAAAUAGUGUUUAACACAAUUUUUACAUACAUAUAACAUUUUUAAUAAGAUUUUGCAUAAAAAUGUUUAUUCAGUUAAAAGAUUUGUGUACCUAAUAUAUUACUGAAGAAGUUAAACUGGUUGUUAGUAAUCGGUAUCAAUAUAAAUAGAAGCCAAAUAUAUCAGCUAAUCAUUGAACGUUUAAAAAAGUAAUAUCUCCCGAACGAAACCCGACCCAUUGAAGAAAAUCAUUGUAAAUUGAUUUUAAUACAUAAAUGUAUAAAAAUGUAUAAUUUUGCAUAAGUUUUUAAUAACAUGUCACUUGAAAACUCGAUAUAAUUCAAAGAAACUAUUAAUAUAUUUAAUAUAUUAAUAUAUUUAAAUUCCACUGACAAUGAGAGACGAUUAUAUAUAUUUAGCCAGCAUAACGAGAAAUGGAAAUAAUUGUUUCCCGGUAUAAUUAUUGUUUAAUAAAAUGAACAGCGUGAUGCUUGCGAAUGAAACUACAUAUAACAUAAUGAUAAGCAUAUAUAAUAUAUAUAUAUAUUAUACGCAUAACACAACGAAACGCGACAGAUAAAUGUACUUUGGCAUGUUGUUACGUGAAAGCACUGGUAAACAGACAAUCAUAGUACGUUUUCUUUUUGUAUAUUGAACUGCCCGAUAAUUAUUUUUAAUUUAUUUGGUAUUAAUGGAAAUUGCUCAUUUAAUUUAUCGUAAUUACUCAUUAUCAUUUAAUGCAGAAAUAUUUGGCAAGAGAAGAACAGCUCUCUCAAAAUUGUUGAAUUAUUUUGCAGUACACAAUAAAAGAUGCAUUGAAAAAAUAACAGAGAAUAUGACUGUAUGAUAAUUGAAACGAGGAAAAUUGCUUUACGCUAAACCUGAUCCUCUCUAUUUUCUCUGUUUUUUCUUUUAUGCUAACAAGAG